AAAACAUUCUAACCUAACUACAUAAAAUGCAUUUUAGUUGAUCUAUGAGGCAUAUGGUUUUUAUAUAUAUAUAUAUAAGAAUCAACAUAGAUAGGUGAUAAUUUGUAUAAAUGAUUGAAAAUGAGUUUUUCACAAGAAUUUCAAGUAGUUGUUUUGGCAGCUGGUAAAGGUUCCAGAAUAUCGGAAAUAACAACGGGAAAACCUAAAUGCCUUCUACCUAUAGGACCUAAACCACUUGUUUGGUACCCUUUGCACAAAUUACAAACAUCAGGAUUUCACGAGGUAAUCUUGGUGGUGCUUGAACAUCAAAAAGGAGAAAUCCAAAGUACUUUAGAAAAAAGUGAUUUAGAUAUAAAAAUAGAAUACUUGUCAAUAAGUGAAGAUGAAGAUUUAGGUACUGCUGAUACUUUGAGACUGAUUCAAGAUAAAUUGAAAUCUGAUGUGUUAAUAUUCUCUUGUGAUUUUGUUAGUGACGUUAAUUUAAAUGGACUUUUGGAUGUGUUCAGAGCAAAUAACGCAUCGAUUGCUUCUCUGCUAAUACAUCCUCAGAAUACUGAAAACAUUAUUGUACCAGGCCCAAAAUCUAAACACAAACCAGAAAGGGAUAUUAUUGGAGUGGAUGCGCAAACAGGUAGAUUGAUAUUUCUAGCGUCUGCUAGUGAUUUUGAAAGUGAAUUAUCUCUACCAGUAUCCCUUCUCAAUAAACAUACAAAAAUUAAAAUUCAUACUAAUUUGAUAGACUCACAUGUAUACGUGCUUAAAAACUGGGUUAUAAAAUAUUUAAAGAGCGUUGAUAAUUUUACAUCAUUGAAAGGUGAAUUUCUGCCACACAUAAUCAAAAAACAACUAUCGAAACCUACAGAUUCGUCAGAUACAAAAGAAUCCAUUUUAAACAUUAAAUAUCCUGAUGAUAUAUUUUCUUUUGCUAAAGAAGACAAAUUGGAAUUGACUAUAAGAGAACUAUCGGCUUUUAACGAUCAUAUAGGAGAUUUGAAACCAACUUAUCAUGGGGAUUCAAUAAGGUGUUUCGCCCAUAUAGAACCGAAGGGUAAUUUUGGGGUGAGGGUGAAUACCUUACCUGCUUAUUGGUCUACAAAUGCUAAGAUAAUAGAUCUUUGGAGUUCCUUGACACAUUGUAAAGAAUUAAUAUUAAAAUCACCAAAAUCAACAAUUGUGUCUAAUCAAGUAGAUGAUAGGUGUAUUAUUUGGGAAAACGCCAAUCUCACUGAAAAAACUUCUUUCAAAAACGCCAUUAUCGGAGCUACCAGUGCAAUAAAAAGUUUUAGCAGAGUGUUCAACAGCAUUGUGAUGAACAACGUUACUAUACAUGAAAAAGUUGCUAUCGAAAAUUGUAUAGUUUGCGAUGGUGCUACAAUUGAAAGUGGUUGUAAUCUGAAAGGAUGCCUUAUUGGCAGUAAUCACGUUGUUGCAACAGGCUCUGAACACAUGAACGAAGUUUUAACCGAGUCCGAUAGAUUGAUGGAAUUUUAAAAAAAUUAUAACUUGAAAAAACUAUUUCUCUUUUUAUUUUUAUUCCUAUUACUUUGAGGGUGAUAAUGUACAAAUUUUAUUAAAUUUUUUCUCAUAAACAAUUAAAGAAG